AUGCGGUCUGCAGUCUCCACAUCUGCCUUCAGACAGGCUGCUCGUCCCCGUCGUUUACCAAACCAGUCUUCACGCUUUGCAAGUUCAAAUGCGGAGACAGCACAGAAGAAAGCGCAGGACGCGUUCGGGUCCGCACAAAAGGCUGCAGAAAAGCUUUGGGAGAGCUCAAAAAAGUUCCUUGGUCCCCUCGGCGAGCGCGCUGGAACCAUGCUUGGAUCAUACCGCCAACCUGUGAUGUAUAACUUGUCUGUAGCUCGCGAAUUGUUGAAGCAGGUCUACGUGGCGGAGCGUUUGCAACCUCCCACCGAUCUUGCCGUGGUGAGAAGCGCAUACUCAACGCUAUGGAGUCGUGCUAGCAGCCCGGCGUACUGGCGAGGGAUACUCAGCUCCGGAGAGUGGGCCAAGGUCGGCAUAUAUGCCGUGGAAGCAUACGGUAUCUUCAAGAUUGGGGAGAUUGUCGGACGGAGAAGCCUUGUCGGAUACAACCUCCAGUAG